AUGGCCCUGCGGAUCCCCAUCUGGGCUCCCCUGCUCGUCAUGGGGCUGCUGACCACAGGCCUGGCCCAAUUGGAGAUCCCUGCUUCACCCUCCCGAGGCUUCUGGGCUCUACCUGAAAACAUGACGGUGGUGGAGGGGGCCGCUGCCGAGCUGCAGUGUGGGGUCAGUGCCCCUGGCAGCGCGGUGCAAUGGGCCAAAGACGGACUACUCCUAGGCCCUGAUCCUAGGAUCCCCGGCUUUCCGCGGUACCACCUGGAAGGGGACCCUACUAGAGGUGAAUUCCACCUGCAUAUUGAAGCAUGUGACCUCAGUGACGACGCAGAGUACGAGUGCCAGGUCGGCCGCUCAGAGACAGACCCUGAGCUCAUAUCUCCCAGAGUGAUCCUCUCUGUCCUGGUGCCCCCCAAGGUGCUUCAGCUGACUCCAGAGGCAGGGAGCACAGUCACGUGGGUAGCUGGGCAGGAAUACGAGAUCAGCUGUGUGUCUGGGGAUGCAAAGCCAGCACCUGAUAUCACGUUCCUCCAGAGUGGACGAGUAAUUUCUGACAUCUCUGCUAAUGUGAAUGAGGGGUCCCAGGAGAAACUCUUCACCACAGAGGCCACAGCCAGGGUAACACCCCAGAGCUCGGACAAUGGGCAGUUGCUGGUCUGUGAGGGGUCCAGCCCCGCUUUGGAUACCCCUAUCAAGGUUUCAAUCACCAUGAACAUUCUGUUCCCCCCAGGAGCCCCAGUGAUUGAGUGGCCAGGCCUGGAGGAGGGACAUGUGCGGGCAGGACAGAGCUUGGAGCUCCUGUGCAUGGCCCGAGGAGGGAAUCCGCUAGCCACACUGCAGUGGCUAAAGAAUGGCCAGCCCAUGUCCACAGCGUGGGGCACAGAGCAUGCUCAGGCAGUGGCCCGCAGUAUGCUAGUGAUGAUCGUGCGGCCAGAAGACCAUGGGGCGAGGCUCAGCUGUGAGGCCCACAACAGUGUAUCGGAAGGGGUCCAGGAACGUGGGGUCACUCUGCAAGUCACCUUUCCCCCCAGUGCCGUUACCAUCCUGGGAUCUGCAUCCCAGUCUGAGAACAAGAAUGUGACUCUCUCGUGUAUCACCAAGUCCAGUCGCCCCCGGGUCCUGCUGAGAUGGUGGUUGGGCUGGCGGCAGCUACUGCCCACAGAGGAGACUGUCGUGGAUGGUCUUCAUGGUGGCCACAUCUCCAUGUCCAACGUGACGUUCCUGGUGCGCCGGGAGGACAAUGGUCUGACUCUCACCUGUGAGGCUUUUAGUGAGGCCUUCACCAAGGAGACCUUCAAAAAGUCGCUCACCCUGAACGUGAAAUAUCCGGCCCAGAAGCUAUGGAUUGAGGGGCCCCCAGCAGGACAGCGCCUUCGAGCUGGGACCCGGGUGAGGCUGGUGUGUUUGGCCAUUGGAGGCAACCCAGACCCCUCCCUCACCUGGUACAAGGACUCGCGCACGGUGACAGAACCACGGCAGCCCCAAGAGCCGCGGCGGGUGCAGCUAGGAAGUCUGGAGAAGUCGGGGAGCACCUUCUCCCGUGAGCUGGUGCUGGUCACGGGUCCUUCUGACAACCAGGCCAAGUUCACGUGCAAGGCGGGCCAGCUCAGCGCGUCCACGCAACUGGUGGUGCAGUUCCCCCCGACUAACGUGACGAUCCUGGCUAACGCGUCAGCGCUGCGCCCCGGGGAUGCCUUAAACUUGACGUGCGUCAGCGUUAGCAGCAACCCCCCGGUUAACUUGUCCUGGGACAAGGAAGGAGAGAGGCUGGAAGACGUGGCCGCACGGCCCCGGAGUGCGCCAUUCAAAGGCUCUGCGGCUGCCAGGAGCGUCCUUCUGAGAAUGUCAUCCCGAGACCACGGCCACCGCGUGACCUGCCGCGCCCACAGCACUGAGCUACAGGAAACCGUGAGCGCCUUCUACCGCCUCAACGUGCUGUACCCUCCAGAGUUCCUGGGGGAGCAGGUGCUUGUGGUGACUGCGGUGGAACAGGGCGAAGCACUACUGCCCGUGUUGGUAUCUGCCAACCCGGCCCCGGAGGCCUUCAACUGGACCUUCCGGGGCUACCGCCUCAGCCCAGCUGGCGGCCCCAGGCAUCGCAUCCUGUCUGGUGGAGCUCUGAAGCUGUGGAAUGUGACCCGUGCUGACGAUGGCCUCUAUCAGCUGCACUGCCAGAACUCGGAGGGCACCGCUGAAGCUCUAGUGCGGCUGGAUGUACACUACGCUCCCAUCAUCCGAGCUCUCCAAGAUCCCACUGAGGUGAAUAUCGGGGGUUCUGUGGACAUAGUCUGCACGGUUGAUGCCAAUCCCAUCCUUCCGGAGAUGUUCAGCUGGGAGAGACUGGGAGAAGAGGAGGAAGACCAGAGCCUGGAUGACAUGGAGACGAUGUCAAAGGGGUCCACAGGGCGCCUUCGGAUUCACGAUGCCAAGCUGGCUCAGGCUGGUGCUUAUCAGUGCAUCGUGGACAAUGGGGUGUCACCUCCAGCCCGAGGGCUGGUCCGUCUUGUCGUCAGAUUUGCUCCCAAGGUGGAACAUCCCACUCCCCUCAGUAAGGUGGCUGCAGCUGGAGACAGCACCAGUUCUGCCACUCUCCAUUGUCGUGCCCGAGGUGUCCCCAACAUUGUCUUCACUUGGUCUAAAAACGGGGUCCCUCUGGAUCUCCAGGAUCCUAGGUACACGGAGCACACAUACCACCAGGGCGGAGUCCACAGCAGUCUCUUGACGAUUGCCAAUGUGUCCGCAGCCCACGAUUACGCCCUCUUCACUUGCACAGCCACCAACGCCCUUGGCUCGGACCGCACCAACAUUCAACUCGUCAGCAUCAGCCGCCCUGAUCCUCCAUCGGGAUUAAAGGUCAUGAGCGUGACCCCACAUUCAGUGGGGCUGGAGUGGAAGCCUGGUUUUGAUGGGGGCUUGCCACAGAAGUUCCAAAUCAGGUAUGAAGCUCUGGGGACCCCAGGGUUCCAUUACAUAGAUGUCCUACCGUCCCAGGCCACCACCUUCACACUGACUGGGCUGCAGCCUUCUACUCGAUACAAGGUCUGGCUACUGGCCAGCAAUGCCCUGGGGGACAGCGGACUAGCUGACAAAGGAUCCCAGAUCUCUUUCACCACGCCAGGUCUAGACCAGCCUACUGGAGAACCUGACUCCCAGUUGCCCACAGAGCAGCCUGAAGGCUCCUCAGAGCUGCCCCUGCUACCCAUGCUGUUUGCUGUUGGUGGUCUUCUGCUGCUUUCUAAUGCCGCCUGUGUUGGAGCAUUCCUCUGGCAGAGGAGACUGAGACGUCUUGCUGAGGGCAUCUCAGAGAAGACAGAGGCAGGGUCGGAGGAGGACCAAAUCAGGAAUGAAUAUGAGGAGAGCCACUGGUCUGGAGACCGGGACACUCGAAGCUCCACGGUUAGCACAACAGAUGUAGAGCCAUAUUAUCACUCUAUGAAGGAGUUCAGCCCCCAGCUGCCACCAAUGCUGGAGGAGGUGUCUUACCCCCGAGGUUUCACAGGUCUUGAAGAGGAGGAUAUGGCCUUUCCUGGACACCUAUAUGAUGAAGUGGAAAGACUGUACUCCCCGUCCGGAACCUGGGGACCCCUCUAUGAUGAAGUACCAAUGGGCCCUCGUGACCUCCACUGGCCUGAGGACAAGUAUGAGGAUUCAAGAGGAAUCUAUGAUCAAGUGGCAGGAGAUCUGGACCCUACGGAACCUGAUUCUCUACCCUUUGAGCUGAGGGGACAUCUGGUGUGAGAGGCUUCUCAACAACCUUUUCAUACACUGCAGGACAUAAUAUUCCAGUAGUCCUUUUCAUUCCAGCCUGGGCUGAGCUUGAUAAGUGAGCCCCAUAAAACACAAAGGGACUGGACUUUUUCAGGAGAGGGCAUGGAGGAGUGUGUAUAAAUUACAAAAGAUGAUUCAAGCUAGUAUCACAGUAUAAACAAGGCACCUCCUGGGGUUAGCUUUAAAAACUAAACUUCUUCAAAGGGACACAGUGAGUUGUAAAAGACAAUAAUGAAAAGUUAUUCUGAAGGUUUUUAUACUUUUUAAAGUAAUACUUUCAGAAGUGGGGAAAGACAUAUUAAAAGCUCAGUUCAUUUUGAGUUGAACUACAUCUGAAAUAGCUAAUAAUAAGUAGAAUUUGUGAACUAUUGUUAUGUCCUACUUUUUUAUUAUUUCCCACAGUUUCUAAAGCAUGAUGUAUAAACUAUGACACAUGUAUAAACAUAA